CCCCUAGCCUUAGUCUCCCUCUCAAACAAACACUCUGUCUCUCUAAUCUUCAAUCCGCACUUGGAACCAAACUAGUCGGGAUAUGGAUUGGACUACGUCAACAACCAUACUGGGAUGGUCUCAUCCUCAUCAUCCAAGAAAUCAAGUCUAAAAAGGCCAACGUGUUACUUACCCUGGGUGGAAGCGCACUCGUAGAUGGCCUAAAUGCCAUCUCGUACACUCUCGCCAACGUCUCUUCCUCCCCCGUGUCCAAAAUUCUAGCAGCUACAAUCCCACUCAUACUCGUACCGACUAGCCAAAGCGGAACCGAAUACAACAAACACACCGGCGGUACCAACAGUAUAACGCGUCCAAAAGACCCACUCAAGCAUAUACGCCACCUUUAUAGUCCUACACUCACGUCUCAACCUCAUAACUCCCCCCGGCGUCUGUCUUGGCUCCGGGUCCGAGCAAUGAAUCACUGUUGUAAGGCAACCUGCAGCAACAUUCCUAAACCCUGUGUUGAUGAAGCCACCGCCGAAACACUCAAACUUCUCACUCCAGGGUUUCUGCAAACAAAGCAGGAUUCGAGAGAUUUGGACGCGAGAUUGAGGGCUAUGCUUGGGGUUAAUUUAGCUAUGAAGGCAUUAUGUAGAGUGUGAGUCAUGGGAUUGGAUAUUAGUUGGUUCCACUGGGUGUCGGAUAUGGGAGAAAGGAAUUGUGUUUUGUUGCCCUGGGUCAUUAAGUAUAGUCCUACUCAUGCCAGAGAGGCGCGUAUAGAUAUUUGCAUCGGUAGGGGAAGCUUAAAGGAAUUUUGUGGGGAAAAAAGCAGGGUUGGAUAGGGAAAGGAGUGGCGUGGUUGUUGCGUUGAGGGCGAUCCCUACCGAGUUGGGGAUGCCGGGGAGCUUGAAGGAGUUUGAAGUGGGUAGGGAGAGUGUAAGGAACUGGGGAGCAACAGUUUGAACGAUGCGUUUAUGAAGAAUAAUCCGGUGUUGUUUGGGGAGAGAGGGGUGGG